ACCUUUUCCAGUGUUUACUCUCUCUCGCUGUAUUGCGUCGUAUUGCGCAUUUCAGCUCCACCGGCUGUUCAUGGCUGUUUUCACGUGAACCAGGCACGCACGACAAUGUUUCUGUCAGUUUUGCCACUUUCGGUUUAUUUUAUAUGGACCACUGUGCUUGGUUUGUUAUGCUGGCGGUUUGUAAAAUGGUGCGUGGCUUUCAACUCGUUUUGCAAGGCAAUAAGCCACUUUCCUGGGCCUAAAAAGCAUUGGCUGUUUGGCACUGUUCAUGAGCAUCCUGGAAGCAAUCCAGAGGGAGUUAUGUACCUUUCAUCCCUGACAGAAAAAUAUAAAAAAGCUUUUUGUCAGUGGUUUGGUCCUUUUCAAGCCAGACUUGCUGUUGUCCACCCAGACACAGUAAAGGGUAUCUUACAAACAGCAGAGCCAAAGCCAGGGUUUGGUGGUUACAAUUUACUUUUGGACUGGCUUGGUUGUGGUUUGCUGUUAAGCAGUGGUGAAAAAUGGAAAAGAAGUCGGCGUCUGCUGACCCAUGGCUUUCAUUUUGACGUACUCCAAAACUACGUCAAGAAGUACCAUGAGACUGCUGAAAAAUUAAUGGCCAAGUUUUCCACAGCUGCCCACCAAGGGAACAGUGUGGAUGUAAGCCCCCUGGCCAGCAUGGCUACUUUGGAAGUUAUUAUGAAUUGUGCCUUCUCAUGCAAUACAGAUUUGUUGGGGCAAGGUGAUGAUCACCCAUACCACGAUGCAGUUGUUACCUUAAGUAGGCAUGCAAUGCACAGAUUCUUUAAUCCGCAUCUCUGGUUUGAUUUUGUGUUCUAUCUGACACCUGAUGGAAAAGAAAACAAGCGUCUUUUACAUUAUGUACAUGGUGUAACUGAAAGUAUCAUUGAAAAGAGGAAAGAACAGUUGAAAUCCAUUGUUGGGGGACAAGGAAAGAAACUGGACUUUUUGGACAUACUGCUGAUGGCGAGAGAUGAAAAUGGUGUCGGGUUGUCAGAUUCAGACAUCAGAGCUGAGGCAGACACUUUCCUUUUUAGAGGCCAUGACACAACUGCCAGUGCUCUUGCGUGGACUUUGUACUCCCUGGCUAAAUAUCCAGACCACCAGAAAAAAGUUCAAGCAGAAGUUGACAAUUUGCUUGCUGAAAGAGAGAAUAAAGAAUUUACUUGGAAUGAUUUGCACGAUGGUAUGCCUUACUUGAGUGCAUUUCUGAAGGAGUCUAUGCGCAUGCACUCUCCUGUUCCUUUAAUUGCGCGUACGCUGACCCAGGAGCUGACGAUUGAUGGGCAUGUUGUGCCAGUUGGAACAAAGAUUGAUAUCUGCAUCCAUCAAAUGAACCAUAACCCUGUUGUGUUCCCAGACCACAUGGAAUUCAGACCAGAACGCUUCUUAAACACAGAUGCCAAGAAAACAGACCCCUUUUCCUUUGUUCCCUUUUCUGCAGGUCCAAGGAAUUGUAUUGGACAGAAUUUUGCUAUGAAUGAGCUGAAAGUGAUGCUGGGCAAGACUGUUCAAAGUUUUGAGCUGACUUUGGAUCCCACUCACCAGUAUCUUUACAAGCCUGAUAUGGUCAUGAGAGCUGUACAUGGAAUCAAGUUAUUCAUCAAACACAGGAACUAAGGAUUGAUGUGAUUAAAAAGGUCUUUAAAAAAACAUUGCUAAUUAGAAGUUAUUUAGUCUAAGGGGACACUUAAAUCAUAGAUCCUAAACAGGUUCUUUGUCUUUGAAAAUCAGCAUGGUCAGAUCAUUUUUACAUUUUUUUUUUUUUUUUGAAAUUAUUUUGGGGAGAUUUGUACCAAACCAAAUUUUUGAUGUACUUCAAAUUUGUUCUGUGACUUUGCAUGCAAAGGGAGGCAGUUUCCUUUUUGUUAAAAUCAAUGUGAUAUGAUUAUUUUUAAGAUGGUUGUUGAUUUAAUGCAUCUUUUUUGCAUUAUUUCGGCCGUGCAUGUUCACUCCAUAAUUGCCAGACUGCAUUUUUGUUUUACUUCAAAUUUGUUCAGAAUCUCUCUUUAGUUAAAAGGAAGGUUAGUUUUGAAAGUCAGCACAUUUCCAAAUUGCAUAGAUAAUAAUAACAGUACUUUGAUAGACCCCAAGUUGCAAGCAAUAGACAGCAUGAAUUUUACUUAACAUUUUAAGCAGUGGCAAGAAUACAGUGUAUUAUCAUUAAAGCGUAAAGCACAAUUACUUACAGCCAGCAUUUCUGAAGAUAUUUUAGAAUUUUUAUAGAUACCAUAUAUAUGUACAUGUACAUGCAGCAGUACAAGUUAAGUAUAAUCAACAAUGAUCUACAUGAAAUCGAGGUUAUAUAAUUGACAAGAUGGAGUCGAUUGAACUGAAUUCAGUUAAUAUUUAAUCUUAUAAAUAUUUGAGAUGUAAGGAAAGUUUCAUAUGUCUUUGAAGACUAAUCAAAUUUGAAUGAUGCAAAAUGUUUUCUGUAUAUAAAACAACACAAGACUGGUAAGUGUUCUGAUGAAAUGUAUUUAUCAACAUAAUCCUUUUAUUUUUUUUUAAGAAAAAAAAUGUUUAUGUUUGAAUUGCCUUGGCAAUCCUGAAGAGAAAUGUUAAGGAAAUGUCAUGUUUGCCAGUGUUUUUCACAUUUAUUGGAAUUAAUAUUAUUAAAUUAAGUAUUAUUCUAAGUUUUUGAUACAUUUAUGAAUGCUUACAUAUCAAUAUUUAUGUACAUGUGAAAUAUCAGUAUGUGCACAAUUUCUUAUAGGGUCCUAUAAGAAAUUUUCGUAAAGGUGUGCAUAUCAGUAUGUUCCAAUAUAUUUACAGUAUGUUACUAUAUAGCAAGAUGAUUUUAUUACUUACUAGCAAAGAAUAAAAUAUUGAUGCCCAAUCAUAUUAGCCUUAGGGAAAUAAGGCCAUAAAAAAUUAAACAUCAAAUUAUAUGUGAAAAUAAAACAUAACUUUCCCAAAUUUAAAUAUAUGAUUAUUUACAUCCAGAAAUUAUUAUUUUGAGGGCAAUCUGAAUGCAGCAUCCAUUCUACUUAAUCACUGGAAUGUACUGUACUUGUGAAUGCUGUUAUUUUUCCAUACAGUUUACGAGUUGAGCUAUAUAAAAAAAUACAAUGGUGCAAUAUUCAGUAAUGAAAAUAAAAUGUGAAAUACUCCAAUAUUAGCAGGGAAAUACCCAUAGUUACUUUUAACUCUAAUACUAGGAAGUCAUAUACUGGCAAUCUAGUUAUGACCUUGAAAUUUACCUUUGUUCGCAAAUAUCCAAGGUCUUAUAUUUACCAUUGAAUCAUUUACCAAUCUUACUGCAACCUUGAAUUUGAUCUUUUACGUUUCCCCGUGAUUUGGUUAUAAACUGUAAUUUUCAAGAAAAAAUUAAGAACUCUUGUUUACUGCCUUUUGUAGAACUUGGCAAGCUCAACACUGGAGACGAUGCCGCCUUUUUUGUUUUCCAUACAAAUGUGCUUACUCCAGCUGGUGUUAAAAUACCCGGAGGUGGUAUCACCUUUCUAAACCUCUAGUUGAUGAUUGUUUUAUGGGAGAUGAAGCCUUUUUGUUAUUCCCUGGAUUGUUUUUUUAUCACGUUCGUGCAAUGGCUGCAAACAGUUCCAUUUCGUUUCCAGGUAGAUUUUGUGUAGGCCUAUGAAAUCAAUAAAGAUUUAUAAAGUGG